AUGGGCCGCCGCGCACAUGUGGUGAGCCGCAGGUCUGUCGUGGCCGCGAACGGAUCGCCGACAGCCGCGAAGGAGGAGGAGAACUGCGGCGAAGGCGGUAGCAGCGGGGCCAUGGCAGACAUCCCGGCGCCGGCACCGGCGCUCAGUCUGUUCUCGCGCUUCCAGCAGAGGAGCAAUGACUUCACCGGGGACUGGAUGAUGAUGCAGGAUGCGGAGGUGCCGUCUGUCCCGCCCAUCUCUUCAGAUCUGGCGCAGAAGUUGCGUGAGCACCAGGACGUCAUGCAGAAGCAAAGAGAUGGUGCCGCCGCCACUGCCGCUGAGGGAAGAGCCGCCACGCCCACAACAACCACGACGGCUGGGGGCGAGGGCGGCAACACCAGCGAGGAUGACGAGUAUGACCCCAACGAGGUGGCGGACACGAGCACGGUGCAACAGAAGCAGCCAAGCGACGGUCAGGGUGAAGACGGAAUCCAGGGUGACUUCCUCAGUCUCCUUUCCACCAAAGAGACGAGAGGUGACGUGGCAAAGAGCGAUCUCCAGGCCACACUUACUGUGCUAGAAGGGCGUUGCGCAGUAGACUCGCCUAAAAAAUCGUCAUUGUACGAAAAUAAUAAGCAAGAACGACAGAAGGGUGCGUUGCAGCCGUCUUCUUCCUCGCACCAGCGUGUGGUGCCGCUCUGGAGCGUGGAACGUUUCACCACGCGUAAUGGAUAUUCGCGCAAUCCGAUCAUUGCCCUGCACCAGGAGAUAUGUGACUUCGUUGAUUAUCUUCGCCCAUCGCAGGUGGAGAUGUCGAUGCGGCGUAUCAUUGAGAUGGAGGUGAGUGCCAUCGCCAAGCGCCUUUGGCCCGAAUGCGAGCCUAUUGUGUACGGCAGUAUGUCGACACAGCUGCUGCUCCCGCUAUCCGACCUCGACAUGUCGAUUCUAAACGUCCCGGUCUCCGUAGAGGAGGCCCUGGCGACACUGGCGAGGGAAAUCAGCUCUGAGGGGUUGUGCCACACCGCCUACCCGCAACUCAUCCUAAAGACAAAGGUCCCGCUCGUGAAGUUUCAGCACCGCCUCUCGUUGCUUGACGUUGACAUCAGCAUUAACGCUGCGGACGGCCAGCGGAACUCCGCUAUUGUGGUGGACAUGCUGAGCAAGUACCCAGAGGCGCGGACACUCACAGUGGUGGUGAAGUACUUCCUGCAGCAGCGCGGCAUGCACGAGCCGUACCACGGAGGCCUCGGCUCUUUUGCCACGACGCUGCUGGUGAUCAGCUUCCUGCAACACCACCCCAUCUACACCGAUCACACAGAGGAGCGGGCGUACUCCGGUCUGGGGCGGCUUCUGGUCGACUUCUUUCGCUACUACGGCCUCUGCUUUCGCUACAAUCGCUGCGGCAUCUCGCUGCUUGACGGCGGCCGCUACUUUCGUCGCACCGACGCCUCCAUGUUCUCCCCAAUGCAGGCGUCUGGGCCACGCUCACCACUGGGACCACCGCAGGUGCUCGUGGAAGAUCCGGGAUGUCCACAGAACAACGCUGCGAGUUCGCUGCGCAACUUUCACGUCAUAACGUCACUCUUUGCGCACGCAUACAUGACGCUGACGGCGGUGUUUGACCCGCCGGCGGGCGGCUCGCAGGCGUACUCACCCGACGCGGUUGAGAUUGCACGCCGCCCCACGCUGCUCUCACGCAUUCUGCACGUGGACGCGCCGAGUGUGGGGCGGCGCCAGUCCAUUGCGGCCGCGUAUGAGGCGCUGCUGCAGGACCCUGCGCAGCGCGAGAAGGUUCAGGCGGUGGCCGCGACGUUCCGCAGCGAGGAGGAUAAGCGUGGGCGCAAGGGUACGCAAAAGCCAGAUGUGCCUGCGGCAGGUGCUGCAGCUGCGGCGGCGAUGGCAGAGAGUCGUAAACGCCACCGCCGCAAUACCCCGGCAAGCACGAAGAGUAGUAACAGCAGCAGCAGCAGUAGCAACAGCAGUAACAGCAGCAGCAGCAGCAGCAGAAAGAAGGGCGGCAGUGGUACCAUGCCAUCACAUGACGGUGCAUGCUGUGUAAAGGGGGGGCGCCCCCGCGGUUGA